AUUUAUACUUUUGAGUUCUUUUUUUUCACACAUUUAUAAAUUUUAAAUCAAUUUCUCCUCUACUUGUAUUGUAACGAUGAAUCAAAGUUUGCCAUUUUUACCUGGUUAUUCGUUUCGGGACCCAACGUUUCAAUAUCCUAAAGGAAAUAACGUUGCAUUGUGUUAGAAAACUUCAGAUCAUACUUGUCGAAAACUCGAUUCGUGUUCCCUCGGACAUUAGUGUACAGCAAAGGAGUUCCUGUCCCAAAACCGAUUGCUUCCACAACUGCAAAAGCAGCCGCAGAGUUACUGGAGGCACAGAACAAAAUUCCUGACACUGAGUUUCUUGCCACUCUUACUUAUGGACCAAAAAGAACAACACCAAAAGAAGUCUCUCUACCUCGGUAUCUCGCCAUGGAUAAGAAAGUUCUUCGUUUCAUGGGGUACAUUCGGGACGAUAUGGAGGAUAUAUGGGGAGAAAAGUAUCGUAUUAGGCCCGUUAAAGUUCUCUACUAUUUGCAAAACGAUACUAUGGAAGUUAUUGAACCAAAGACUGAGAACAGCGGUUUAUUUCAGGGCACGUUAUUUAAGCGCCAGAAAUUUCCUCAUCCAGACGGGAAAGGACGCUUAUAUUUGUGGAAAGAUCUAAAUCUUGGAAACACUGUCAGAGUUUAUGGCGUAACGAUUCAUCUCACCGACUGUGAUCAAUGGACAAGAGAAUACUUAAUCAACGCAGGCAUAGAGCUUCAUGAAGCUGAACCGAUGCCUUCUGAUCCUCAUACGGAAGAGAGACGUGCCAUGGAAGGUCGCAAAGAGGUUGUAUCUUGCAAAGUAGAAGAUGAUAAAUUAUACAAAUUUUUAACACGGGACCGCAAGGUACUUCGUUUCUACGGAACAUGGCAAGAUAUACUCAGUGAUCCGCCAGAAAUGAGAAGGGUAAUCUUGCAGUAUUAUUUGGCUGAUGAUACCAUGGAGCUACUAGAAGACCAUCCACCUAACUGUGGAAGAGAUCCGGUCAAAGUGCUGGUUAGGAAGCAGAAGAUACCCGUGGAUAGGAAUGAGUUGUCUGCGAACUUCCCUUUGAGCUACAUGGAAAUAAAAGACGAAGACCUCAGAUGGUUCCAGCCGGAUGACUUUCGAACAGGGAAAGAUGUUAUAAUUUUGGGUAAAAAGAUUUUUCUACAUGACUGCGAUGAAUUCACAAGACAGUACUACAAAACUCACUAUGGAGUGGAGGAUAUGGAAAGCAUAGCGGUUGCUGAAAAACCUAAACCUCAACCACCAACAAUAUUUCCUCCUCAUACAGGAAUUGGAACGUGGGACGAUUCUUUACAAAACUGUCUGCACAUCAUUCCAAAGCCCGUAAAGAAAGAUUUAUUAAAAGAACUUCAUUUCGACGGAAUAACACUACGUUUUAAAGCCAGAUUGGUAUCACCAAUUGAAGACGACAAAAUUCGGCGAUUUUUAAUUACGUUCUUUCCAAGCGAUGACGCUGUGGCCAUCAACGAAGAAUCAAUUCCAAACUCAGGAUUUCCUGGAGGUUGCUUUUUGAAAAGAAGCAAACUGCCUGUUCUCCAAGGAAAUGCGAGUGUUAAACCCGUUUACUACAAGGCUGAUGAUUUUUAUGUAGGAGCUCAAAUACGAGCUUCGGGGAAGCUAUUCGAGUUGAUCGAUGCUGAUCACUUCGUGCUCACCUUUAUGGAACAACACCCUGAAUUAUAUUCUGUGGAACAUAUAGAAACUCAUAAGAAAGGUGUAUUACCCUCAAAGCAGAAAAGUGAAAGUUUUCAGUUAGAAGGAAAUGACUUAGUACAAUCAUUAAGAGCAUAUGUGAUAAAAAAUUGGGGCUCGUCCCCUUAUCCACUUCCUAAAGCAUUAGAUCUUGGAUCUGACUUACAGCGAAGAGAGAAAGUGACAGAAGAAUUAUAUUGCGCUAAUCUUCCAAUACCACAAGAUGAAUUGGAUAAGGUCCUUGACAUAUGCACCGACCAAAAGAACAGAACUAAUAUGAAAGAAGUUGGAAAGAUACUUUUACCUGUGUUGGGACAUGACCACGAAGGCUAGUUUUAUUUUCAAGAACAAAUUAGCCCUAAAAUGCUUAAUUGGUUUUGUAGGAAUAAAAUCAAAUUUUGUUUAA